AUGGACGAUCCAAUUCUUGAUGAGAGUAGACAUCUUAUUAGUUUCUUGACAUUCCAAGAAGCAGAUAUGUUAGUGAGAAAAGAGGCACAACAAAGCAACAUAGCUGCUACUUAUGUAAAGGCUGUCGGAGAUGGAAGUAUCGCUUAUAACGACCAUCCUAAUAACAUAAACG